AUCAAUUGAAAACAGUCUUCCCGUAAUGAAGUGUUUUACAUUACUACUACUGCUCAUUUCAUCAUGUGGAGUGUUUGCAAGGAAUAUACCGAGCAAUCUCAUCGACUGCUACACAAAUCAAACACUGAUGGAACGAGACAAUCGACUGCCAGCAACACUUACAACACUAAUAGAUAUAAUUCGUAAACUAGAGUUACUGCAUAACUCUGAUGUGCGAGUGUUGAGUACUGCUCUUCUUAAUACGUUCAGAGUUGAUGGAAUUACAUUUAAUCCAGAAAUACAACCUUCAAACGGCGUUUCCCCAUAUGGAAUUCAAGGAUUUCAGAAGGAGAAACAUGCAUUACUUAUGAAGUCAUUUUUACCAGAAAAUACAGAGUCAAUUGAUGUAACUAUACUUACACCAUUUGAAAAGUGUGCUCUCCAUUUCAUGUUGUCCGAUUCAAUUGAAUUUCACAAAAGAGGCAGUGAAAGUACAGACUGUUCAAAUAUGCAGUCUUACAGACAGAGAAGAAUAAGGCGUGAUAUUACUGCAGCAGCGGCUGCUAAUGAAUUUGCUUCUAAUGAUACUGCCAAGCAAGCUACUCCUUCAAACACUUCUGGAGAAAUUAAGCCUCCUCAGGAGAAAGCUGUGGAAAAAGAAUCCAUUGAUAAAAUGGACUUUCCAUUUCCAAUAACAGUAAUUAACGUAACCACAGCAGAAGAAAAUACUCCUCCCAGUAAGUCAGAUACAGAGCCACCAAAAACAGAGACUACUGGACAGGCAUCUGGUGACCAAGAACGACCAGUUAUUGUGAGUCAGAGUUCUGAAGUGAAGUCAAACAAAGCGGAACUCGAAGAGUCGCUGACUGAUAUUGAAGAACCUGCAGCAGAAGUUAAAGAACCAGUGCUGGAUGUUAAGGAACCACAAGCAAAGUCUAUGCAAAGCGCUAAGUUAACACUUGGCAAAAUUACUGUAGUGGAGCCAAGUCAGUGUCCAGUAGAAAAUGGUGUUAUUUAUGACAAAUGGGGUUCAUUGAAUGCUGCAAAUCUAAUAGCAGGAAUAGCCACAGGCAUACAGACUAUGGAGAAUGUAAAGUUCAAUGACAUAUAUCCAGACUCUGCCAAUGCAAACACUACUUCACUGGUAAUGGACAACAGAUGGGCAGCAACACUUGGAGGUGACCUGGCAGAAGUUGUCAUACACCAGGGACCAAAGUCAGAGGCAAUAAAAAUUGGCACUCCAGGAGGCUGGAAUGAUUCAGUAAUACCACAUUGGUAUUUUAUCAACAGAGCAGAACAGACACAAAUGACAGAUGCAGAAAUCAGAGGUGGUCUUGAUGGUUUAAUAAUUGCAAAGAAUAUUGUAUCAUGGAGAAGUCAGAAGCCAAAUCUUAGACUGUCACAUAUUCUACAACAGUAUUACUCAGAGAAAGGUGUUCUAAACACACCGUACAAAGCAUGCUCCAGGCGAGAGCAGUAUGCAGCUGUCACACCAGAAACUGAAAUGAAAGCUCAGGUAGAUGCAUUUGCAUAUACUUUAUAUACCUCUGCACCGUUAGCAACAUCAAUGAAACUUGAAGCAGUGAAAAGUUUCUCAGCAGACGCAAUUUCUGCUCUGAACUCUUACAUUACUUCUCUGGAUUCAACAUCUUGCAGCACCACAACACAAAAUUCUGGAACUAAUACAUCUGUUGCUACAGAAGUGGAUCUUUAUGUUGUGAUUGAUAGUUCAUGGCAAUUUACUGAUAUUCAGCGUAUUUUAGUUUCAAUAGCAGAAAUGAUUAAACUGAACAGUAUACGUGGAAGCAGAAUAAGUGUGUUUACUGGCAAUUCAUUCAAACCUUGGAAUGGAACAAUGAGUUUUAUAGAAUUCUAUCAAAAUUUCAACCAGUCAUCAUAUGUGAGAGUUGGGGAUACUGGAUUUCAACUCCGUACACUUUUGGAGACUCACAUCAAGUCGUUCUUCCAAAACAUGUUUGAUGAAUGGAAAGAGACUGGAUCAGCAGGAGGACCAGCUCCUGUAGUUUUGUUUGUGCCUAAUGGUGCUGUCAGCAUAAGUGAUUCAGAUCUGAAUGCAGCUCAACAGGCAGUCAAUAAUUUCUGGAAUAAUAUGCCAGAUGUUGCAUUUCGGUAUAUGGUAACAAGUGGGGCAGACCGUGUUCAGUCACUUGUUCUGUCACAAGAAGAUGUAAUUACUUAUACGAUGCCAACUACCAGAACUGAAAAACUUGAUCUCAAUGCUCUUGAUACAAGCUUAAAGAAAGUGCACAAGAGGAUUACAAAUUCCAUCUGCAGCUAUAAUAAAAAUACACAGUCAUACUCAUCUGCAGAGUUUGUUGAUUAUGUGCAGCUUGGUUAUAUCAACUAUUAUAAAGUAAACUCGAAAUAUCUUUUUGGUGCAAGUUCAGUCCGUAUAAAGGUGCAAAAUGUUCAAUAUGGCACAAUUGAGGUGUGCUAUUCACGAAGGAUUGAGUUUCCAAUGAAUAAUACACAAACAAAUGGUAAUGAUGUAACAUGUAUAACAGGCCAAGGUGGAGAUAAGGAAAUUUCUCUUUCAUCACCUUGCAAUGGAUAUGAAAAAAUACUGUAUUGCCCUCCAUUAUAUAUUGCAAUUUUGGGGCAACAAUCAACUGGUAGUGAAUGUACAGUGAAAGAGUGUGUAGAUGUUACUGAUAUCCAGAUGAAGAUCAGCCAUCAGGGGCUAACUUGUGGUGUCUCGCAAAUACUGGGUAAUAAGAUGUUAAUUACUGUUGUGUUCCUGGUGUUGUUACGUUCCAUACUCAACAGAUAAAACUGAAAGUGUAGCAAUUGGUUUCCAAGAAACUCAUGGCCAUAUGGAAAUGGCCAAGUCCAGGUGUUCAAUAAACUGUUCAUACUGAAGAACAAUAAUUGUUUAGAAGCAAGCAGCGUUAUGUAAAGAUAAGCUGACAGUGUAUCAGUGUGUGUGUG